GCUUCAUCUGUGUUGGUGUUUCGGAGGGUUCUUUGUAUUUCCCUUGUAAUACUAUACUUUUGCCUUUCAUUCGCCCAUUUCCAGUUUCUGCAUUUUUAUGUCGCAGCUCAGUGCUAACUUCACUCAACACCUCACCAUCUACCUGGACAUUUUCUUCGCACUUACUCCCUACCCCUUUCCUGUUCCUUUAGAUAUUUUGACUCAGAUCAACGUGUUGUGCCAAAGUGAUGGCCACUCCGCAGGUUAAGCAAUGGGGAACCACUCCACCAAUUUCGACAGCACUACCAACGCCAUCCGAACUUGCAGAAAACGACAAUCUAAUCGCGGAGUUAAAACGCCAGAACAACUUCGAGGCUCCGUCGGAGACUGAGAAAAGAAACCAAAUGCUUCACCUUAUCCAACGCGUUACGGUCGAGUUUGUUAAAACUGUCGGGCGGAGAAAGGGGCUAUCGCAAGCUGCAAUUGAUGUUUCUGGCGGGAAAAUAUUCGCAUAUGGAAGCUAUAGGCUAGGUGUCUACGGGCCAGGAUCUGAUAUCGAUACGCUGGUGGUCGGCCCAAAACAUGUCGCAAUAGAAGACUUCUUUCUGGAUUUCCCCCCAACACUAGAGCGGAUGGCUCCCAAAGACUCCAUAGAAAAAUUAACACCAGUCCCGGAUGCGUAUGUCCCGAUUAUCAAACUUGAGCUUUCCGGCAUCAGCAUCGACCUGAUAUUUGCGCGCUUAAUCGUCCAUUCCAUCCCCCCGGAUCUUGAUUUACGAAACAAGGAGCUUUUGCGUGGUUUAGAUGAGCGAGAAAUACGUUGCGUUAACGGAACGCGUGUGACGGACGAAAUCCUAGAACUAGUCCCGGAGAAAAAGACAUUUCGACUUGCUCUGAGAGCUAUAAAACUUUGGGCGCAAAGUCGGGCUAUCUAUUCGAACGUUGUUGGAUUCCCAGGUGGUGUUGCAUGGGCCAUGUUAGUUGCACGAGUAUGUCAACUUUACCCCCAGGCCACCGGCUCCGUGAUCGUUGGGAAAUUCUUCCGCAUCAUGAAUUAUUGGAAUUGGCCACAGCCUGUGUUACUGAAGCCCAUCGAAGAUGGCCCGCUUCAUAUGAAAGUCUGGAACCCAAAGAUCUAUCAUGGGGACCGGUUCCAUCUUAUGCCCAUAAUUACUCCCGCCUAUCCAUCUAUGUGUGCAACACACAAUGUCUCUCUAUCAACCAAGGCUGUCAUCCUUCGAGAGCUGAAGCGUGGUGGUGAUAUCGUUGAGAAAAUCUUUCUAGGACAGCUUAGGUGGAGUGACCUCUUUGCCAAACAUACGUUCUUCUCCAAAGAUUACAAAUAUUAUCUCAACAUAACUGCAUCUAGCACAAGCAAAGAGGCCCAGUCGGUCUGGUCUGGCUUAGUGGAAGCGAAACUUCGACAUUUGGUUAUUGCUUUGGAUAAAAAGGCGUCCAUCGAUGUGGCCCAUCCGUUUCCCAAAGGGUUUGAACGGGUACAUAGCUGCAAAGACGAGAAAGAGAUUGAGGUGGCGAAGAGUGGCUUAACGCGGUUUCAGGUCAAAGGAACGAAAACAGCAACUACUGACGAAACAAAUGACCCAGCACAUGUAGCAGCUCUUGAAAGUGCAAACGGGUCUAUAAAUAUGCCCGGAUUGGGGCAAACCGAAGACUCUAAUAAUCACACUCUCCACACCACCACAUAUUACAUCGGACUCGAACUAAAACCGCUCGUUCCAGGGGCUUCUCGAUCUCUAGAUAUCUCUUCUGAGACCCAUAUGUUUAAAAACAUGUGCACUUCUUGGGCACAAUAUCAACCUGGCAUCAACGACGUAACAAUAACACACGUCCGCAAUUACGAUUUACCGGAGGAUGUCUUUCAUCCUGGCGAGACCCGACCGGUUCGUCCGAAGAAGAAAGUAAUCAAGAAGGUCGAGCCAACUACAACGAAAAGACCCAUCGACGCCGUGGACGGCCAAGAAAUACCUGAGAACGCUUCUAAACGGCGGGUCUCUGGAAACGGGAUCACCGCUGCCGCAACUGCGUGAAGAGACGAUCUUUUACUUGCCUGAGCAGCUUAAGAAACCUUUUAUGACUGGUCGACUUGGAUUGACAUCCAGAGACUGAGUAAUAUGCGGCAUCCGGGGAAAACCCCCAGUGCCAUACGUUUUGUUCUACGCUCUCCUAUGAAGCACGCAUCGUCCUGCGGAUAUCUCCUGGCGGACUAGGAAGCGCGAUGCUUCAGAGGUUUUCAUCACAUAUGAUCAUGUGGACUCGGCUGAUGUCAUUUGGAAGCCCCUUUCUUUUCUCCUGUACCAGAAGCCAUAUGUGUACAUAUGGGUCGAGUUUUGUAGCAGGUGGUAGUAGU